AUGGCUAUCUUACCGCGAUCAACCCUUUUGGAAAGUCUACCAAACCAAAAGACGAACGACUGGCGUGAUGACUUCCACGCGAACGGAUUCGCCGUGAUAAAAAAUGCAAUCCCAGAAGACCGCGCAAAAACAUACCAGCAAAAGGCCUUUGAAUGGCUCAAGUCCUUCGGCACCGAACUGGACAUCGACAACCCACAAACCUGGAUAAAAGAAAACCUGCCCGUCCAUACAAAGAUAAACACAUUCUCCAACUACGCAGUCGUACACGAGAAGUUCAUCUGGGACGCUCGUCAAGAACCAGGUGUUCUUGAAACAUUCUCCAAACUCUGGGGCACAGAUGAGCUGCUAGUCAGUUUCGAUAGUCUAAAUGUUACAUUUCCAAACCGCAAAGACAUCCCUCGAAAGGGUGCCUGGCAACAUGUAGACCAGAGUCCCUUCCGCAAGGGUCUGCACUGUAUUCAGGGCGUGAUCAAUCUCUCGCACUCCGGACCAGAAGACGGCGGGUUGGUAGUAUACCCUGGUUCACACAAGCUAUUCGACGCAUUCUUCGAAACAACCGAUAAAUCAACCUGGAGCAAGAAGGACGCAUACCUCUUCAAUGACGAACAGCUAGCUUGUUUCGGGAUCCAGCCUGAGAAAGUCUGCGCCGAGCCAGGCGAUCUUAUCGUGUGGGAUAGUCGUCUCAUUCACUAUGGAGCUGAGCCUACAGAGAAGAGUGAUGUGAUUCGUACCGUUAUAUAUGCUUCUUAUACGCCGGCUAGUUUUGCGACUAGGGAGGCGCUGGAGACGAAGAAUGAAAUCUUUAGAAACUGGGCUGGUACUACGCAUUGGCCUCAUGAUAAUAUUGUGUAUCGAAAGAAAGAGGCACUUUUGGAUGAUGGGACUGUUGAUCCGAGGAAUCGCAGUGAGCCGUUGGAGAAGCCUAAUAUCACUGAUCAGUUGUUAAAACUGGCAGGGGUUGUGGAAUAUUGA